AUGUCUGAACAGGUCCCACAUCAAUACAUCAUGCCCAAGUUACCCCCAUACACAGGCACCUCAGAUCCAGAAGCACACUUGAAGGCUUUUAGAGCCCAGAUUCUUAUCUCCGGAGGAAGCGAUGCGAUAAAAUGCAAAGUCUUCGUAGGCACACUAGCCCACGGAGCACUCAAGUGGUUCGGAGGGAUCCAAAAGGGUACCAUCACAUCCUUUCCAGUUUUCACGCGAUUAUUCAUCGAGCGGUUCGCGGCAAACAGAGCAAAACCGCCACGGAUCACAGACCUUUUUGACAUAAGACAAGGAUCGAACGAGCCCCUUCGAGAAUAUAUAAACCGCUUUUGUGACGCCAGCACUAGCAUCUCUAAUUCAGACGAAGAAAUUCUGGUAGACGCUUUCCUUAAGGGACUGCGCGCCAACUCCUUCAGUGAUUCUCUAGUCAGAAACCUGGCUAUCUCGCUAGCUGAAAUUAGAGUCAGGGCAUAUAUCCACAUAGAGGCCGAUGACGUGAUGCGCCACAAGCGACGCCAGGAACGUAGGUCGGAGGGAGAUGCAAAGACAAAAGCUCCUCGAAAAAGGUACGACGAUGCCGACAAGGCCAGACAACCAGACUGGAGGUAUGCACCUUACAUCGCCCAAACUUCCAUUAUCAAUCGGACAGGGCGAAGUAGCGGCAACUUUCGUCCCCAGCUACAACUUAAAUCUACCAAAAUCGAUGUUCUAAAAGAUGUCGAUGUUAAUGUACAUCUCCGCUUUCCCGAGCCGACCACAAGAACGUUGGGCCGCGAUCAAAAGACCUGGUGCGAAUUUCACCAAGCCUGGGGCCACGACACAGAACGUUGCUUUACAUUGACAGAACAACUAUUACGAUUAAAAGAUAAGGGAUACCUCGAUAAACACCUUUGA